AAUGAAACCAAAACCAAAUUAAGCUUAAGAAGACAUCAUGAUCAAGGACCUUCAAAGAGUGUUCUAAUUAAACGAUUUAUAGGCAAGAGAAAUUCUCAAUUAAGCUUAAUGGAAUUUAUAAAAGGCUACGAAUUAUGUUUUAGACCUUCAAAAAUCAGGAUCUAAGAUAGAAGAACAAUUCAAAAAAUAUAUUACUAAUGGACAAUCUGUAAUUGAUGAAAAUGGAAUUAUAUCAUUUUGUAAAGAUUUAGGAAUUGAUAUAAUGGACCCUGUAAUCCUUUAUAUUUCCUAUAUCUUUAAAAGUGAGACGAUGGUAAAAUCAUAAUUUAACAUUUAAGGGCAAUUAUACUAAAUUUGACUUUCUUUAUGGAUUUACAUUAUUGAAAAUAUAAUCUACAUCUGAUCUGAAAAGAGAAUUAAAACGUCUAAGAGAUGAACUUAAUAAUAAUAGAGAAAUUUUAAAGUCAGUCUAUAAAUAUUGUUUUGAUUUUGCUAAAAAGAAAAAUAGAAAAGAUAUUGAUCUACCUAUUGCCUAAGGAUUGUGGGAUACCCUUUUAACAAAUACAUUUCCAAUUAUGAAAAAGUUUAUGAAUUAUGUUGGUGUAAGAAUAAUAAUAAAUUUAGACUAUUGAAGAGAAGGAUGUAAAGCCAAUAUCAAGAGACACUUAUUAUAUGGUUUGGGAAUUUUGUGUUUAGAUUGGUGAAGAUUUAGCAAAGUAUGAUUAUAAAACUGGAGCAUGGCCCACUUUUAUAGAUGGUUUUUAUUUUUAUCUGUUUCCUAAUCAUAAAUAAUGAGC